AUGUUCCUCCUGCCGAGUACCGUUAUUGCUCUCUAUGUUACGAAGUCGCCCAUCUCCUCGGCAAAGGCGACCGAAAUCAAAAACUACCUGUUUGCCCGCGCCCAUCCUGAGCUGGGUGGUUGGGGACUCCAUACUGAGGGUAUCAGCACUGUCUUCGGCACGUCCUUGAACUACACCACUUUGCGACUUCUCGGAGUUGACGCAGAUGAGCCUGUCAUGGUGAAGGCCAGGGCCAGGCUUCAUGAACUCGGCGGCGCAACCCAAGGUCCUCACUGGUCCAAGUGGUGGCUUGCUGUUCUUGGUGUCGUAGACUGGGAGAUUGUCAACCCAGUGCCGCCUGAGAUCUGGUUGUUGCCCAAUUGGGUGCCCAUUCACCCUCGUCGAUGGUGGGUUCAUAUCCGCCAAGUCUUCCUGCCCAUGUCCUACAUCUACUCAAGGCGGUGGUCAGUUGAAGAGACGGACGUGAUUCGCUCUUUGAAGAAGGAGCUGUUCGUUGAGCCCUGGGAAUCCAUCAACUGGAAGGUUCACCGAAACGACAUCCAUCCCGGGGACAACUACCACCCCAAGACGUGGCUUCUCAACACAGUAAACUGGUUGCUAGUAAACGUUUGGAACCCGUACCUGCGUACCAACUACAUCAAGGAGCGAGCUGAGGCCUGGGCCAGUGAGCUAGUUGACAUGGAGGACGCAAACACCGACUACCUCGGCCUGGCCCCUGUAAACGGUCCCAUGAACCACGUAGUGUGCUAUAUUCGGGAUGGUCCAGGUGCCUACACCGUCCGCCGACACACUGAGAGACUCGAGGACUCACUUUGGGUCAACGCCGAGGGUAUGCUGGGCAACGGAACCAACGGUGUGCAAUGUUGGGACACUGCCUUCAUGAUCCAGAGUGUAGUGGCCGCCGGUCUUGAGAAGGAGGCUAGAUGGCGCCCGAUGCUGGAGAAGGCUUUAGGUUUCCUUGACCGCCAACAGAUUCGCGACAACUGCAAGGACUCGGAUAAGUGCUACCGUCAGCAGCGCAAGGGCGGCUGGGCCUUUAGCAAUUGCGAACAGGGUUAUGCCGUGAGCGACUGUAUCUCGGAGGCGUUGAAAUCUGUCAUCAUGCUGCAAAAGACCGAGGGAUACCCUCAGCUCUUGGACGACCAGCGAAUCUUUGAUGCGGUCGACUGCAUUUUGGUGUACCAGAACGAAACCGGUGGCGUGGGUUCCUACGAAAAGCGUCGUGGUGGCGAGUAUAUGGAGAUGCUUAAUGCUGCAGAGGUGUUUGGUCGCAUUAUGAUUGAGUAUGACUAUCCCGAAUGCACAACCGCUUGUGUUACAGCCCUGUCGCUGUUCCGAAAGCAUUGGCCCGACUACCGCAAGGACGACAUCAGGGUUUUCAUCACCCGCGCCGUCAACUGGAUUCGCUCUCACCAGCACUAUGACGGUUCCUGGUAUGGCAGUUGGGGCAUCUGCUUUACAUACGCUGGCAUGUUCGCGCUCGAGAGUUUGGCCAGCAUGGGAGAUGUCUAUACGACCAGCAAGGUCUCCAAGAGAGGGUGCGAAUUCCUCAUUUCGAAGCAGAGAGAGGAUGGAGGUUGGUCAGAGAGCUACAAGGCGAGCGAGACGAUGGAGUACCACGAGCAUCCCAGUGGCUCCCUGGUCGUGCAGACUGCCUGGGCCCUGAUUGGUUUGAUGGAGGCAGAGUACCCCCAUAUCGAGCCUCUUCGCAAAGGCAUCCAGUUCCUCAUGGACCGCCAGCAGGCGAACGGCGAGUGGCUGCAAGAGGCCAUGGAGGGCGUCUUCAACAAGAGUUGCACCAUCAUCUACCCCAACUACAAGUUCAGCUUUACCAUCAAGGCACUUGGCAUGUUCGCACGCAAAUAUCCCGACGAAAAGAUCACGCCUGGCAUUAGCGGCAAGGCGGAAUAA